UAGGGGGGGGUCAGGAGGGGGCCCAGGGCCAUUUUGCAGCCAUGAACACCCUGACACAGAUGAUGUCCCACCGCAUGGAGAGGAUAAAGGAAGAAGCAAAGAUGGAAAAGGAGGAGAUUAAAGCCUGGACCCAACCCAUGGAGAACACAGUCAAUCCCAGCACUCGGAACCGCUCGUCCAUCCUGGACCCCGCAGGGAACUGGUACUACUGUUGGCUCAACAUCAUGGUCCUGCCAGUCACCUACAACUGGGUCAUCAUUAUCUGCAGGUCUUGUUUCCCAGAGUUACAGUACCAGUACCUGCCGGUCUGGCUGAGCCUGGACUAUCUGUGUGAUGUUCUGUACGUGAUGGACAUAAUCGCCAACUUCCACACAGGAUUUCUGGAGGAAGGGAUACUGGUCACCGAUCGGCAUCUGAUUGCCAGGCACUACAUAUCCUCGUCCAAAUUCCGGUGGGAUUUAAUCUCUGUGUUGCCCACGGACUUCCUCUACUUUAAACUGGGCAUCCACACCCCUGCGGUACGGAUCAACCGCUUCCUGCGUUUCCACCGGCUCUUCGAGUCCUUUGACCGCACGGAAACCCGGAUCCCCUACCCCAAUGCGUUCCGGAUCUGCAAGCUCAUGGCCUACAUCUUCGUGGUUAUCCAUUGGAACAGCUGUGUCUAUUUUGCCCUUUCCAGCUUUAUUGGGUUUGGUAAAGACAAGUGGGUUCACCCUAAUAUAACUGACUCUGAUUUUGCCCGUUUGGGGCGUCAGUACCUGUACAGCUUUUACUUUUCUACCCUGAUCCUCACCACUGUUGGAGACAUCCCACCCCCGGUGCAAGAGGAAGAGUGGCUCUUCAUGGUGGUGGACUUCCUGAUCGCUGUGCUUGGGUUUGCCACCAUAAUGGGCAGCAUGACUUCGGUCGUUUCCAACAUGAACAGCGCCGACGAGGCCUUCUACCCGAAUUACGACAACGUCAAACUGUAUCUGAAAAUGUACAAGGUCAACAGAAGUGUGAAGAAGAAGGUCAUCGCUUGGCACCAGCAUCUCCAGAUCUACAAGAAGUUGACCAACGAGAACGACAUUUUGCAGAACUUGCCCGAGAAGCUGAGGGUGGAAGUGGCGGUGAGCGUCCAUUUGCCGAUUCUCAGCAAGGUCCAGAUUUUCCAGAACUGCGAGAAGAGUCUCCUGGAGGAACUGGUGCUGAAGCUGAAGCCUCAGGUGUACAGUCCGGGGGAGUACGUGUGCAAGAAGGGGGACAUUGGGAGGGAGAUGUACAUCAUCAAGGAAGGCAAGUUGGCUGUGGUGGCGGAUGAUGGGGUGACCCAGUUCGCGGAGCUCGGGGAAGGAAACUACUUUGGAGAGAUCAGUAUCCUGAACAUCAGAGGUAACACCUCAGGGAACCGUAGGACGGCCAAUAUAAAGAGUAUUGGUUACUCCGACCUCUUCUGUCUGUCCAAGGAGGACCUGAGAGAUGCCCUGAGGGAGUAUCCUGAUGCCAAGGCCAUUCUGGAGCAGAAAGGGCGGGAGAUUCUACUGAAGAUGAACAAGUUGGAUGAGCAGUUGGCCGAUGAGCUCGCAGCCAAAGAGCAGGAGCUGGAGAUGAAGGUCGGGAGGCUGGAAUCCAACUUGGACUCCUUACAGACCAAACUGGCUCGUCUCUUGGCCGAACUGGAAUCCAGUGCCGUUAAAAUGACCCAGAGGAUUAGGCAGCUGGAGUGGGAAAUCAGCCUAUGGGAGGAGAAGGUGCCAGGGGCCACAGGGGCUGAUGGGAAAUAGGGUACAGAUAUGGCUCCUGGGACUCACUGGGAUUGGUGCAGAUGGGAGACAUGUAGGUGCCCACGGAAACCUGCUAUCUGCCCCGCCUACCUACUCAACUUCCUGUAUCGAGUCAGACAAGCUCCUCCCUUAUGUUUCAUGCAAGGGAAUCUAUAGUGCCCUUGGGUAGGUUGGCAUUGGGCAACAGCUUUCCCAUUAGCCAACCCUGUACUAGAGCUAGGAGUGAGGGCACAGCUAUUGGUCAGUUCCAUGCAGACCGAUUGGCUUCCAUCUAAUGAUUGGCAGCUGAGAAGCAAUAUAGCAGCCAAUUAAAUGGCACCUACUGUUCUACUUACAGCCCUAUAACCCAUAUAUAUAUAUAUAUAUAACCCAUAUUCACACGUCCAUUCAUUUUAUUGCGUUAACUUUUAUUUACAGAAAAUAUUACUGGUAUUGGGGGCGAGGGCAGUAUAUGAGGGCAAUAUGUGAGGGCAGUAUGUGAGGGCAGUAUGGAACACAGGGGGGGGGUACAUGCCCCACACCUACAGCUCAAGGAGGAUCAUACCAUAAACAAAUAGCAGCCACUGGCAGAUCCCCCAUGUGCUGUCCCUUUAUGGUACGAUCCUCAUUGAGCUGUUUAUUGUUAAAGGGAAACUAAACCCCAAACAAUGUAGGUCUCUAUAAUAAUAUAUCCCAUAAACAGCUCAUAUCUA